UGCGAUAUAUCAAGAAAUGCCCGCGCAAUAUGUCCUUGAAAGUGCUAUCCGAGAACAGAAUGCCUGCCAAGAAUGUAAUCUCCAAAUGGCUCAAAGUAAAACAAGGAAAACAUAAACACAUACCAUGGCGCUAGAGAACGAAUAACCAUUGGGAAAAUAUGAAUGCGACCGAUCCGGAAAUACUGGUGGCAAAUGGCCAACUCUACAAUUUGCACAAAGGACCCAAAUACACAUUGGAGCCAGUAGGCGCCGCUUAUAACAUUGUCCUUGAACUGAAUGCGUCCUAUGAAAACAGCACACUAUAUAACAUCAGUGAUGAAACUAAAGAACCGUGGGGUGAAUACGUAACCCUCCUACAGGAUCGAGCACUUCUAGUUACUUUCCUCCUUUUGUUCUCCUUGACAACUGUAUUUGGAAACAUGCUAGUCAUAUUAGCCGUAAUACGAGAACGAUACUUGCAUACAUCAACAAACUACUUCGUGACAUCCCUGGCUGUAGCUGACUGUCUAGUAGGACUCGUCGUAAUGCCCUUUUCUGCCCUUUACGAGGUCCUAGAACAUACGUGGUUCUUUGGCAUGGAUUGGUGUGAUGUAUGGCGUUCACUGGACGUAUUAUUUAGUACAGCCUCGAUACUAAAUUUAUGUGUUAUUUCGCUGGACCGGUAUUGGGCUAUCACGGACCCUAUUACAUAUCCGAUGCGAAUGAGCGGGCGGAAGGCGGCAUUUCUUAUAGCAGCAGUUUGGGUUUGUUCCGGGGCAAUAUCCUUUCCUGCGAUCGCAUGGUGGCGUGCCGUCCGCUUAGAGGAAGUUCCGGACUAUAAAUGCCCUUUUACGGAAAACUUAGAGUACAUAAUAUUUUCAUCGACUAUAUCCUUUUAUUUGCCACUUUUUGUGAUGGUGUUUACAUAUUAUCGUAUCUAUCGUGCCGCGACAAUACAGACGCGUUCUUUGAAGAUUGGCACAAAGCAAGUGAUGCGUCCUAGUGGGGAGUUAGAAUUGACUUUACGGAUACACAGGGGUGGUACAAUGAGACAAAGAAGUGAGGUGUGUCAUGGUGUAUGUACUCCUGAAGAGCCUGAUCAGGAGCCUCUAACUGCAUUGCAGAACAAUGGUUUGUCGCGGUCAUCGACACGGCUUACCAAUGUGACGCAUAACAAACAUUUGCCCAAAAACUUUUCGCUUUCCCGUAAACUAGCAAAGUUUGCUAAGGAGAAAAAAGCAGCUAAGACGUUAGGUAUCGUUAUGGGAGUGUUUAUAGUGUGUUGGUUACCGUUCUUUGUGGUGAACUUGCUAUCAGGAAUUUGCUCUUCAUGCAUUGCACAUGAGGAGAUUGUGAAUGUUGUGGUCACGUGGUUAGGCUGGGUCAACUCUUCAAUGAACCCGGUCAUUUAUGCGUGUUGGAGCAGAGAUUUCAGAAGGGCGUUCCUCAGAAUACUCUGUGUGUGCUGCCCGAGAAAACUGCGAAGAAAAUACCAACCACAGCUACGCUUCAAGCAAUCUCAGUAUCCCGUAACGACAAUGAUGUACUCAUCCGUAUCACAGCACGAGAUGUGCCGUUUGUGACAGCAAACAAGAGCGGGAACCUGCAGACCACGUGCCAGAUGUUCCUGCCGAGAUCGUCGUACCGCGCGCAAUGGCAACAGAUACCCCCAAGAACUCGAUCCAAUCACCAGCAUACAAUGUGACAAAUUAUACCCAGAUUCAGAGUCUGUUAGCGAAGUAAGUCUAGACAGUGAGAGCCGCAAUCAUUCGUUAAAACGUAAGUUAAGUAAGCGGGUAACUUACCAAAUCAAAGCUGAUGUCUCAAGUUAACUAUUAGACGUAGAUUGUAAAUAUAUUCAUAUUGGCAUUUGGUAUUCUAAUAUGUGUAUUUUGAUCAAAAUUUAAAAUUGGUAGCUCUUGUUAAGCAACCGGGCAAGAUGUAUAUAAACAUCACAAUUUGUAGUCAUUCCUAGUCAUUCCUAGUCAUUCCUAGUCAUCUCUAGUCAUUCCUAGUCAUCUCUAGUCCUGCCGAUUCCCUUCACGUGUCUAUAACCUACCUUUAUUCUCAAUCAGGAGCUGUGAUUUACUAUUAGCUAUGUACAUAGUCAU